GAAAAAUCUUUUGAUUUGUCACUUGUUGGUCACAUGACUGUACAUCCGCCCUGUGUGCCUGUUGCUGUUUGGCAGCUAUGACAACGAACUUUGAAAAGUUGGAUGAAUGGCUUCAAUGAAGAAGAAACUUACCUCUUCUAAGGUGCAUCACAAGUCUCUGAAAUGUACCGUAUAUUUGGACAUUCAGACAGUCACAUGUCCAGGAUUGCUCCUGACUAGAAACAACGAUAUCUACCUCAGUGUGUGUAUCAUGGGCCAGCACAGGAAGACUCCCAGUUUGCCACCUGCAUUCCCUUUACUCUUCCACCACAAAAUGGUAUUCGUCAAGACUUUUCCCAGCGUUGUUGACCCUGCUGAUGUAGCUGACCUCCUGGAAGCUGACAUAACAUCUUUUGAGCUGAUUCAGUUGGUGCCUCCAGAGGGUGAGGUCCUAGCGAGUAUGGAGGAGAGCAGCAGAGAUUUUCUGUAUCCUGGUCCCAGACUGAGCUCCAGAAAAGGAGUGGCCGAGAGAGAAGUACUGAUGAAGAGAUCUUCCUCCUUUCCUGGAAUCUCCCCCAAAGUGGAGUUUGCCAUGACAUCAGUCAUAGAAGAGAGUGGUGGGAGAGACAGUUCAUCUGCCUUACCCACUCGCUGUCUUUCUCCAGUAAGGCCAUCUUUAACCCCAUCCAGGCAGAGUUCUGCAAAAAAGUAUAUACAAUCCAGCAGUAAUUUUUCCAAAAUAGAUAAUGCGAACUGUGUCUCUUGGAAACAUGGGUCGGAAAGGCCGACCUCAACAUUCAGACGCUCCUCUUCAUCCCCAUCUGGCCAAAGUCCCCAGAAUAAAAAUAAAGGGAGAAAACACGUUUCUCCUAGAGUCUCUGUAGACUCUGGCUACCAGCAACCCACAGUUUCCUCACGGACACAAGCCUUGUCCCCUUACACCCAUCGCAAGAUGUGCCAGCUUUCAGAGGACGCCACGCAGAGACUUAGCCAUCUCCAGCUGGGGCCUCACCACUUCAGGAAGGAGACUGAGAGCCAGCCGCCUUUCUUGGUCCCUCGUUGCAGUAAUGUCUCUGUGAUUGGAACGCCUUCUUCCUCUCCACAGAAUAAAAGCAGGCAUCAACACUCAGUCUGCUUCACAACUGAUCACACAGAUUCUUUCCUGGGGAGUUACAGACCAAGAACAGCCACAGUGAAGUCGGGUUCUGUGAGGGUCCAGUCGUCUCCAGAGACACAGUCCAGACAUGAAGCCCAGAUCAAAAGCCCUGUGAGAGGUGCUGCUGUAGCUCAGUCCACCCUGGCCGUGUCAAACGCCAGAAGUCCUCUGAAUCUCAGCCAUUCCCUCAGAGAAAGGCUCCAGACCAGUCCAUCCUACUGUGAGCAGAUCCACAGCCGAGUCCAGAGAAUUCUGCAGACACACAAAACCACCUGACCACCAAAUGACCUUCGACCUUUCACUUCCUGAUCUGUCCACAAGGAGACCAACAAGUUACAAUACAAAGACUAUUCACGGUUAAAACAAUCCCUCUCAUAAUGCAUACUUUAGAUUUAAAGGAUGGGAUGCACACUAACACACCUUAAUCUGAAAAUUUUACACACGUUUUCCUGAUUAGAUUUUAAAAACUUACAAAAACAAUAUUGCAAGCCACGUUUUGAUGUGAUGAGUUUAAUUUACGAGAACCUUUACAAACAUUGGUACCAGUCAUCGCAAGAAAAUAUUUUAAUGUUCAUUUUGCAUGUAUGAAAUACUAUGAUUACUGUGCAGCAAAAUGUUUAUAUGAUACAGGUCCAUUUGAUUAAAAAAAAGUUUGUUUUAAUUGGAAAUAUUUACUAUUUAAUAGCAUUCAAUGGCAACCCACUUCCUGCAGUUAUUACAUAAUACUAGGAAAAGCCAUUUAGAGUGUUCAUCACAUCAAGAUUCAUUUCUUAUGGAAUUUAUUCUUCUUCUUGUUCCUCUUGCCGGCUCCAUGUGCUGCUUUCUCUGUCACAAUGUGCUGGUACUUCUUUUUGUUGUUCCUGGUAAGACAAGCGGAAAGAAAUGGCAAUAUACUGUCAAGCAAAUGCCUAACAAAGUGCCCACACAUUACAUGCAGGAUUGGCAUUGAGGCUGUGGUGUUGCAAUGUAUUCCGUGACCCAUUAGGUUCUGUAACCUGAUGAGAAUUCACUUUUAUCAUGGUUACAUACUGUAUUGUGAUAGCAGUUAUAAAUAUUGUGAUGUAAUAGAUCUGAAAUAUGGUGCCCAGUAUUGAUUCGUCUGUACAUCACUAACACCUCACCUGUCAAUAUUUGGUCAAACCAUCAGUCUAUGAUAAUAAUAAAGCAUUGAGUA